AUGGUCCAUGUGUGGCCAGCAUCGCCAGAAUUGCAGGAACAGCUGGAAAGUCUCAAAUCAGAGCUUGAGGUGCAAGCAGCUCAUGUCGCAGAAGAAGCACGACGCUGUCAGGCAGAGGCGGCAGAGGCACGCUGCGAAGAUCUGCAGCAAGCCGCAAAGACCCGCGAAGAGGAGAGGUCCUUGGAGAGGGAAGCCUUUCGAUCACAGCUUCACAACCUCAAGGAGGAGCUCAACAGUGCUCACUGUUCCGAAAUCUCUGCGGAGGCAGAACUCCGUGCUGCACUUCAGGCCGCCCAGCGAAGUGCCACAGAAGCUGAAAUGCAGGCCAGAGAAGUGGCAGCGGAACUGGCAAGCUGCCGAGAGGAGGGCCAGCAAGCUUCGCUCCGAGCCAAUGCUGCUGAGGAGCGUUUUGCAAAGUUAGAAGCGGGAACCGCUCAGUGGAAGGAGGUAGAGAAAUCUUUGAAGGAUGAGGUUCUUGAAGCCCGCAGAACCUGCGAAAGCCACAAACAACUGAUUCGUGCACUGCAACAGUCCAUGGCAGAGCAGAAACAGCAGGCAGAUUCAGAGGCAGAAGAUUUGCGAAGACAAUUGUCAGAGACGACUCCUAUGCGAACCGUGUCUGCUGGAUCGCGCAAGCUCACUUCCGACAGUUUCAAGUUCUCUCAGGCCAGUGUCCAAGAAGAGGAGCAGGAAGAGGAAGAGGAGGAGGAAGAAGUAGCGGAGGCACCAGCAGCAGAGGAGGAGGCGCCUGUUGCCCCAGUGCAGCCAGACAAGACAGAGGUCGCUCCUGACGUCUUGGGUCACUUGAGCGAUACCUUGCUGGACCACCUGGAAUCUGCUGACCCGUCUACUCGUCGACCCAGCAAAGGAUCAGCACCUCCGGAAGCUGCUGGGCACGAAGAGGUGGCCCAUCUUUGGGAUCGCAUCAACUAUUUGGAGAAGCGCUGCAGGACUCUCCAAAAAAAGUUGGAUGCUCGGCCCAUCAUCUACCAAGCACCGACAGGUUAUGGUCCCUUGAACUUGGAAGCUGGGAAUGAAGUUGCCGGAGGAUUGGCGAUUAUGAAAUUCCAGGUCUUCGGGAAAACUCUGGUGAAAUUCAGUGCUGAAGAUGCCAAUCCUGGCAGGGGGAAUUAG